AUGGAACGAGAUUUCACCGUGCUUUUCAGGAUUCGACCCUCAUUCUUGCCAACUUCACCGUCAACGCCACCUCUGAUCAGCACCGAUUCCGCGCAUACGCUCACCACCGUCCUGGAGCCACGCACCAAUGUCCACACAUCCUCCACCCAUACGGCGCACACGUUCAGCUCGGACGGCUGCUUUCUCGCUUCGUCCUCCACAUCCGACCUGUACUCGUCGCACGUCGAUUCUCUGAUCCCCUUUGUCCUCUGCGGAGGCUACGCGACCGUUCUCGCUUACGGUCAGACUGGUUCGGGCAAGACGCACACGCUUUCCGAAUGUUCACGACUGGCCAUCGCGUCUCUCUUUCGCCAGAAUCAGGCGAAAUGCCAUGUGACGUUGCAGGCGAUCGAGAUCUACGGCAAGAGCAAGGUCAACGAUCUGUUCGAUCGCACCAACACGCGUGUUCUGAUCGCCGAGAACAUUGCAGGAUCGAGCACUUUUGCCAAAGCUACGACGAAACCGAUCAGGAGUGCCGAGAGCAUGUUGGAAGAGGUGGAAAGUGCAUGGUCGCAACGGAUGACUCGAGGCACGGAAAAGAAUCCGCAGAGUUCACGUAGUCAUGCCUUGAUUCGGAUCAUCUGUCAACCGAACAAGGACAAAAACGCUACACCGGGCGUGCUGCAACUGGUGGAUUUGGCGGGAAGCGAAAGGGCAGCGGAUCACUCUGCCUCUGGUGCUCGUGCUUGCGGCGGCGAUGUGGAUAGCGCGCAGAGGAUGGCCGAGACUGUGGCGAUCAAUACGAGCUUGAUGACGUUGAAGAGCUGUAUACGCGCACGAACGUCUCCGACACCUCCCGCCAUCGGUUCGGGCGCAGCGCCCGUACCGCACAUUCCGUUCCGAAGCAGCAAGCUCACUCUAGCGCUCAAGGAGGCGUUUGAUCUCUACUCGAGACAGCCGACGCACACGCUGCUCAUCGCCACCGCAUCGCCCGACGUCGUAGACGUCGCCGCUACGCUCAACACGCUCCGAUACGCUUCCGCGCUCGUGGCCGCGCCGCAUGCUCGCAUCCAACUCCAACCGGAUCCUCAGGGCAGAAAUGUGUUUUUCUGGUCCAACCAACGUCUUGCUGAAUGGCUCACCAAAUAUGCUUCACCUCUGCUCACCUCCGAGGACGCCGUCCAAGUGCUGGCUGGCAUGGACGGCAGCAGCUUUGCCAAACUACCCGAGGGUGAAUUCUACUCGCGCAUCCAAGCCAUCAUCCGCACCGAGAGGUGGACGAAUCAGCAACAGACCGCCGCCAAGGAGGUGUACCUGAAAUGGUGGAAACUCGUCAUCGCUAGUCGAACGCUGAGCCAAAAAGCGUUGGAGCAAGAGUGGAAGCAGAGGCAGAAGGAAAAAGCCACGGCCGAGGAGCACGAGACGCGCGAGGACAAGGACGUACAGCGACUGCUCAGGCUACCCAGCAUCGCUGCUGCCCCGACGAGUGCAUAG